GUCUUAAACGCCAGCCGUUGGAUAUUUUGUGUUAAAUUUCCGUUGCCCCACAAAGUGCAAAAAGUUAAUUAAUUAACAACAACCGAUCCGAGAGUUCAUGUGCAGUGCCAGCGAAAUAAUUGUGGCGAACGGGCAACAACACGGAAACCAUCAUCCAUAUCUUGUGCCUGGUUUGUGCCAAUUGGUUUUUAAUCGAUUUUGCCGAGGACUGUUGUGGUGCGGAUACGGCGGCGACGACGACUGUAAAGGAAAAACAGCUACAAACGGUUGCAUUACUGCGGAAGUUGCAUAUUUCGCCAACAACAACAACAACAGCAGCGACAAAGAAACGCAACUACAACAACAACAACAGAGCUCAACUGAGCAAAGUGAAGAGAGCGGCUUCAGUUGUUUUCGGCAGAAGAGCACAUCAGCAUCACAGGAGCAAUCGCUAGAGCGCUCCGCGAACUCGGGAAGUUACACGGUUCAGCAGAUAUCGGGGAGCGUUGUGAGCUUGCAACCAAGCUUGCAGAUAUACAGACAGCACAGCGAGGAGAAGAAUCGAACGCCCAGGGGGAACCACUUGAGUGGUGCAUCGUUUCAGUCGACACCACAGCGUCGAUCUCAAAGCCAGCCUGCCAUUUCGCAGCAGCCGCGAAAGCGUCUCCCAGCAGUAGGAACCCAAAAAUCUCCAGCCAGGAGCAUGGCCUCAAUACCCGUUGUAUUAUCGAGCAACAAUGUGGCCGCCGCUGGCAGCGCCACCACGAUAGGGGGCGCCACAACAGAGAAACAGCCGUGGCCGAACUCCAAGGAUGAUUACGAGCUGCGCGAUGUGAUUGGUGUGGGCGCCACUGCGGUGGUGCAUGGAGCCUAUUGCAUACCACGGAACGAGAAGUGCGCUAUAAAGCGCAUCAAUCUGGAGAAGUGGAACACUUCGAUGGAUGAACUGCUCAAGGAGAUUCAGGCGAUGUCGUCGUGUAAUCAUGAGAACGUUGUAACCUAUCACACAUCGUUUGUGGUGCGUGAAGAGCUGUGGUUAGUGCUGCGCCUCCUCGAAGGUGGCUCGCUUCUAGACAUAAUCAAGCAUAAGAUGCGCACGGCGAACUGCAAGCAGGGCGUCUUCGAUGAAGCCACCAUUGCGACGGUGCUAAAGGAGGUGCUCAAGGGUCUUGAGUACUUUCACUCGAAUGGUCAGAUCCAUCGUGACAUAAAGGCCGGCAAUAUACUGAUCGGUGACGAUGGCACCAUACAAAUAGCCGACUUUGGUGUCAGCGCCUGGCUGGCCACUGGGCGAGAUUUGUCGCGCCAAAAGGUGCGACACACCUUUGUCGGCACACCCUGCUGGAUGGCACCCGAGGUGAUGGAGCAGGAUCAUGGCUAUGACUUCAAAGCGGACAUCUGGUCGUUCGGCAUAACGGCCAUUGAGAUGGCAACGGGUACGGCACCUUAUCACAAGUACCCACCCAUGAAGGUACUCAUGCUCACGCUGCAGAAUGAUCCGCCGACGCUGGACACCGGGGCGGACGAUAAGGAUCAGUAUAAGGCAUAUGGCAAGACAUUCCGGAAGAUGAUAGUCGAGUGCCUGCAAAAGGAGCCCUCGAAACGACCGACUGCCAGCGAGCUGUUAAAGCAUGCGUUCUUCAAGAAGGCCAAGGAUCGUAAAUAUCUCACGCAAACCCUGCUGCAGUCCGGCCCAAGCAUGGAGACGCGCGUGCACAAGGCAGCUAAGCGGCAGCCGGGCGCUUCGGGGCGUCUGCAUCGCACCGUAACGGGCGAAUGGGUCUGGUCCAGCGAGGAGGAGGACAAUGUUAGCGGCAAUGGUGGACGCAAAAAUCCCUCAUCCGACUCAGAGUCCGAGGAUCGUCCCAUCAAUCGCCUAGAGCGCGCCGACUCAUCGGAUAGCGAUCGUGAGGAGACAACGCCCGAAAUAACGCCCAGUGUCUCAUCGGCCACGGUAACGCCGGGCACAGCUGGCGCUACGGCAGCCUUAUCCCCCGAUGAACUCAAUGCAAUGAUGGCUCAAAUGCCGUCACCGAGCAGUGAGGGAAGUGGCACCGCCGCCGCCGCUGCUGCUGGCGAAGCACCACCCGUCAAUUUGGUGCUACGGAUGCGCAAUUUGCGUCGCGAACUUCACGACAUACGAUUCGAGUUUGUGAUUGGCAAGGAUACGGCCGAUGGCAUUGCCACGGAGCUGGUCGACGCUGGCCUCGUUGAUCCAUUGGACACACGACCGAUGGCCAUACAUCUGCAGCAAUUGAUAGCACAGGUGGCUACCAUGAAAACGAUAACGUUCCAGCUGAGUUCGGGCAUCCAGCCCGGCGAGGUGCCUGACGAGCGCUCCCUGGUCGGCUAUGCGCAAAUCUCUAUAACGGACUAGGAUACGGAGUUGGCGCCCCUAAUGUCGGCGUCAGCGAUUCCCUAAACGUGUGGAGAGCAACCCAUUAUCCUGCAAUCCCUGAAACAAAACAAAACAUAAAUUCAUACGUAAUGUGUGCAUUGCUACCCGGAAGGCCAGCGCCGCUUUUUAGUUAGCACUACUACUAGACUCUUAAAAACUAACUCUAAAUGCUAGUGAUAGGUCUAAAAGAAACAUUGAAA